CCUUUUAUACCUGAGAUUUUUUAUUUGAUCCUAAAGAGGUUUCCUUUUUGUGUGUGGUGAUUGGUGAAGAAGCGUAGCAGUAGUAAGUUGAAAGAAUGGAAGGAAAAGGAGGGUCAACAUCAUCACCAUCAUCAACAACAAGAGUUCCACUGCUGAAUGAGAGUGAGAGUUGCACAUUCCAGAAACCCUUAUCCAAAAUUCAUCUUCUCAUAACCUGCAUGGCUCUCUCUGCAGCUUUAGCCUUUGCGUUCCUCUUCUUCUCUGUUUCAUCACCACCACCAUCAACAUCAUCUAACCCAACAGCUCGUCCUCUCACUAAUCUCAAACGCCCUGUCGUUCUCCUCAUUUCCUCAGAUGGGUUUCGUUUUGGUUACCAAUUCAAGACACCCACACCCAACAUUCACCGUUUGAUCCAAAACGGCACGGAGGCCGAAACGGGUUUGAUUCCCGUUUUCCCCACUAUCACUUUCCCCAAUCAUUAUUCCAUUGUUACUGGUCUCUACCCUCCUUACCACGGCAUCAUCAAUAACUACUUCUUCGAUCCAAUCACUGGCGAGAAAUUCACCAUGUCAAGCCACGAAUCCAAGUGGUGGUUGGGCCAACCCUUGUGGGAAACUGUUCUAGACAAUGGCUUGAAUGCUGCUACCUACUUCUGGCCUGGUUCUGAGGUAAAGAAAGGUUCUUGGACUUGCCCUUUUAAGUAUUGUGAGCAUUAUAAUGGUUCUGUUCCCUUUGAGGAUAGAGUUGAUACAAUUUUGGAGUAUUUUGAUUUGCCUAGUGAUGAAAUCCCUUCAUUUAUGACACUUUAUUUUGAGGACCCUGAUCAUCAGGGUCAUGAGGUUGGACCUGAUGACACUGAGAUCACUGAAGCUGUUUCUAGGAUUGAUAGCAUGAUUGGGAGGCUGAUUAAAGGUUUGGAACAAAGAAGGGUUUUUGAGGAUGUUACUAUUAUUUUGGUGGGUGACCAUGGCAUGGUUGGUACAUGUGAUAAAAAGCUCAUUUUUUUAAAUGAUUUGGCACCUUGGUUGGUGAUUCCACCAGAUUGGGUUCACUCAUAUUCUCCCUUGCUUGCAAUUCGUCCUCCUCCUUCUCUUUCACCUGCUGAUGUUGUUACUAAGAUGAAUGAAGGAUUGAGCUCGGGGAAAGUUGAGAACGGGAGAAAGUUGAAGGUGUAUCUGAAGGAAGAUCUUCCUCAACGGCUUCAUUAUGCAGCGAGCGAUCGGAUUCCGCCGAUAAUUGGUUUGGUUGAAGAAGGUUUUAAGAUUGAGCAGAAUAGAACAAAUAACAAAGAAUGUGGCGGUGCACAUGGUUAUGACAAUGCGUUCUUCUCCAUGAGGACCAUUUUCAUUGGACACGGCCCUCAAUUUGCAAGAGGGAGGAAGAUACCCUCAUUUGAGAAUGUCCAGAUUUAUAAUUUGGUUACCUCUAUCCUCAAGAUAAAGGGUGCACCCAAUAAUGGUUCUGCCUCUUUUGCAGACUCCGUUCUUCUACCAGAUGUAGCAUCCCAGAAGGCCCACACAUCUCUUGGACUACCAGAUCGGAUAGCAAAAGGCUACACAUACUGGCUCACAGCUGCGCUACUGUGUUUCCAUUUGUUAUUCUAUUAUUUUCAUUAGCUUUCACGUGCUAUUUGCAUGUUAUUCUGUUAGCAUUCUUUGGGACUACCAGCCCUGACACCUUUGAUAUCUGCAGGUCUCGUACAAAUAGCAUUAUUCCUUAAUACUCGUGUGUUAAAAAAAAGUAUGCAAAUCGCAUCAUCCCAUUUGAAUUUUAAGUUCCUAUCUUAGACUCCUCAUUUAUAUUAGGUACUAGGAAAUAGGAAUGGUUCCUUAUCAAACUUCAAAGAUUCGUUCACUGGAUACACUUGCAAGACAUUUUCCUUCUAUCUGGUGUUGAGUUCUGUAACACCUUCCUCUCCUACUUCCCUCUCUUUUCCUGGCAGAGUUUGGCAAUAUGAUUCUCCCUUUUUUUAGCAAAGAUAAAUUAUGAGUUUCAACUUCUCAAAAGCUCAUUCUUGUCUCUUAAAUACCAACCAGUUAUUUCUAUUACGGCUACUACUGGCACACUCUUGUUGGGUGAGAACCUAAUUCCAUAUAGAUGGAGCAUCUCUCUUCAAUAUGUGAUUCUUCCAUCUAUAGAUACCCUUGUAAACUUCGGCAUGUCAUCGAAUUGUUCCGAUUAUGGCAUCUCACUGAACAUACUUUUUAGUUCAGUUUGAAAACAUUUCAUUAGGUCUUGAAUGUAGUUAUUAAGAAUUGCCUUUGGUAAUCAAACGUAGGUAGGAAGUGAAUGAUAUCUGAAUCAAAAUUUCUACUCGGAGGGUGUUUGGUUCGAUACUUUACAUUUUCGGGAAUGCUUACAUGGAAAAGUUGGAUUUCCAUGUAAAAAACUUCCAUGAAAAUAUGAUUUCCAGAAAUAACAUUUGUUCAAUAUUUUCACACUGUCAUUCCUAUGAUAUGUGGGUAUCCUACAUUCCCAUGGCAUAAAUAUUUUGUCAUUUGUAAUGUCCAGAAAACUGACUAUCAUUCAACUGCAUUGCUGCUAGCUGAGGCUAUUUACUAGAAACAUUUGGGAUAACCCAAAUGCUGUUCAUUAUUUCUGGGAAUAUCAUUUUACUAAAAUAGUACACCCUGAAAUAGUAUUCAUGGGGAUGUUUUUUGAAAACUUCAAUCAAACGCCUCCUACAGUUUGAUUGUAAUGGCACAGACCACCCAGAUCAAAUUGCACUUGCCCCUUUUUAUCUUUUAUCUGCUCAUUAAUGCCCUUUUCAACUUGUUGAAAACUUUGCUUCAACUGUCUGCUGCACAGCAAACGGUGCAAACUUGUUAUCUGGUCAGAAAUGGCAGCCAAUGAUACCAUUUACCAUGUAUGUUUGAUGUCACGAGUUCUUAAAUCGUUUCCACAAUUCCAUCGGCAUGCAUCAAACGUGCUUAUACAGAGAUGCAAGUGUGGUUAUUGGUUCUGUUACUUAAUCAUGGUCAUCAAAUGUGCCUAUAAAAGAGGUGAAAGAAGACUAUGGCUGAGCAAGUAAGUCAAAGAUAUAAAAACACAGAGUUGAAUUUUUUUUAGGAGAAUUUGCUGUG